AUGACCACAAGUCUUGUCUUGUCACCUCCAAGUCCAGUAGCACUCAUAGAGCCCUCCCCUCAAGUUCCAAGACCAUUCUACUUCUUUAAAUAA